CCGGCCAUAAACCACCUUAGUAAGCUUAAACGUUAUUUUCACGGGAAAUAUAUUAAGAGAUUAUUUUUAACCGUUUGAUUAAAAAAAGAUGGCGAGUGUUACUCGCUUUUUUCGUUUUAACAAAAAUUUAUCUAAAAUUCCAAUUCAAUAUUUAUCUACAGUUCGUUAUUAUUCAGCCCACGGUGAUGAUUCUUCUAUCCCUGAUAUUAAACCUCCAGGUCAAAAGAAGAGUUAACUCGAAGAAUCCCAACUCCGAUGUAUGGUUGGUAAAGAUUUUAAACUUUAUUAAAAUUUAUACUCGAAUGUACGAUUUUUCAAACAAAUUCAACAUUAUUGUAUACUAUGUUGUUUAGUAAUUUUCAUAAUAUAUAUAUGUUAAAUUUACUUAAACUUUUAAAAAAAGUUUAAGUCAAAGUCUAA